UGGCUGAGCAUUUUCCAAAUGCAUAUUUUUCUUGAUUCAUACGUAAGCUUAAAACAACACCCAUCUAAUCUCAAUUUCUAUAUCUAUCUCACGUUAUCGUUGACUUUGAUACAAUGUUCCAUGACAUAACCAUUUCUAUUACCUCAACUCUCAACUUUCAACUCCAGAAGAAGAAGUCAUUAUACUAUUUCAUACAUAGGAUGAGCAGCAACAGUGCAGUUAACUCCCCUGGAUUCCUUGGCUCAAGCAACAUCAAUGGCUACAGCUAUGGCAUAGGAAUCUCCAUUGGAAUACUGUUGCUCAUCAUAACCAUCACUCUAACUUCAUACUUCUGCACCAGAACACAUGUCUCGUUUGCUCCACCUUCCAGGAACAGAAGACUCACCUCGAAUGCUCUUGAACCACACCACUCUAUAGUUGAUGUGAGUUUGGAUGAAGCCACUAUUCUGAGUUAUCCAACCCUGCUGUACUCUGAAGCGAAGGUUCAGAAGUGCGAUUCCACUGCAACGUGUUGCUCCAUUUGUUUGGCGGAUUACAAGGAUACUGAUACGCUUCGCAUGCUACCUGAUUGUGGACACCAAUUCCACCUCAAAUGCAUAGAUCCAUGGUUGAGAUUGCAUCCCACUUGUCCCGUUUGUAGAACAUCUCCGAUUCCAACGCCCCUCUCAACUCCUCUCGCUGAAGUCGUUCCGUUGGCUACCAGACACGAUUCGUAGGUAGCACCAACACCACAAUUUUAACUCACUCUCUGAUUCCCAAAAAAUAUAUGAGAUACUAAACAUCCAUUUAUGUAUCAAUACAGAUACUUAUUGCUUCAUCCUUUACUUUAACUUUUUCUUGUACCUAUCGAAAACUGAAUUAUGCGUAUGUGUGUAUCCAUGUGAAUCGAUAGCUAGCUCUAACCUCAAAUCUAUUACCUUGAUAUAAGUAAUAGAUUGGACUCAUUCAAGACAUUUUUACUGUUUGUACUGUAUGGGCUGGUCGGUCGAUCCUUGCGAGAUUGCUUCAAUGAUUUACGGAGGAAGUUUUACUGGAGAGAUAUAACACUUAUGAAACCUGAACCCAACCACGUAAGGUAUUGACACCACUUUCAAUCUAAAACCUUAA